AUGCUGUGCGGCCAUUAUCGGCAAAUCUUCCUAGGGUCGGUGUUUGCCUUCCUCCGUUCCAUAUUAAUAUAUAUUCACUUGAUAAUACGGUGUAAGAAACAGUCGGACAAUCGGUCGACGACAUAUCGACAUUUUUACAGCAACAUUCGUCUGAGAACAAUGGCAAUAUUGCGCAGGACGUCUUUUGUUUUGCUACUUUGGGUAUCAAACCUGAUUUCGGGACAAAUUCGCUACUCGAUUCCCGAAGAGCAGGAGCACGGGGCCUUUGUUGGAAAUAUCGCUGAGGAUUUAAAGUUAAAUAUUUGGGAAUUAUUGACUUGUAAAUUUCGGCUCGUCUCUGAUGAAAAAGAACAGUACAUGGAAGUAAGUCUGGAAAAUGGGAUGUUGUUUGUGAAGGAGCGGAUCGAUAGAGAAUAGAUUUGUAGACAGAGCUCUGUCUGUUCCCUUUCUUUGCAAAUAGUGCUUGAUAAUCCUCCGGAAAUACAUCUCGUUGCAGCGGAAAUACUAGAUGUAAAUGAUAAUUCGCCCAGAUUUCCAAAGCCUGAAUUUCUGCUGCAGAUCAGUGAGUCAGUUUCAGUAGGCGCGCUCUUCCCUGUCGCGAGCGCGCAUGACCCGGACGUCGGCACGAAUGCAAUCAACACCUACCAGGUCAGUCCGAACGACCAUUUUGGCCUCAGAGUUCAGACACGGAAUUACGGGACAAAAAGUGCGGAACUGAUAGUGGAGAAACCGUUGGACCGUGAGCAAAGAUCGUCCUUUCAACUUAUACUGUCUGCUAUUGACGGUGGGGUACCGCUGAGAUCUGGAGCUAGCAGGAUUUCGAUCACUGUCCUUGAUAUCAAUGAUAACGCACCCGUAUUCGAUCAUGAAACAUACAAAUGCAGAAUACCAGAAAACUCACCCAAAGGGAUCUUAGUGAUAACAGUCCAUGCUACUGACAUUGAUGAAGGUAAGAAUGGUGAGCUGAAGUAUUACUUCACCAGCCAUGUUUCCCAAAGUGUUCGAGAUUUGUUCAACCCGGACCCAGAAAGUGGCGAGAUUACAGUUCAAGGUAUAUUGGAUUUUGAGGAAUCAAAUGUUUAUGAACUUGAUAUAGAAGCAGUGAACAACGCAGAAGCAGGUAUGGCGGGACGUACGAAAGUUAUGGUUGAGCUAAUAGACGCAAAUGACAAUCCCCCUGCGUUAGACUUGACAUUGGUGUCCAACUCGGUGGCGGAAGAUGCUCCUCCAGGUACAGUCGUAGCAAUGAUCAGUAUUAUAGAUUCAGACUCUGGAGAAUACGGACAAGUAGAAUGUCACAUUCCAGUAGAUCUUCCGUUCAUACUUAAAAGAACAUCGAGAAGCAGCUACAAGUUAGUUACAAGUGAUAUUUUGGAUCGUGAAACCGUCCAGACGUACAGCAUCUCUAUUUCAGCCUGGGACGGAGGAUAUCCCUCUCUGUCAGCAAAUAAAACACUUUCAGUGUCCAUUUAUGAUAUUAAUGAUAAUGCACCGAGAUUCACACAAUCCUCAUAUAGCAUAUAUCUGAUGGAAAACAAUGCUCCAGGUGCUUCUAUAUUCACGGUCACGGCUUUGGAUCCGGAUUUGGGCCCUAACGGAGAGAUUGUCCAUUAUCUUAUGGACACUCGCAUUGAUGGGGGACAGAGAACAUCUUAUGUCUCGGUCAGUUCUAAAUAUGGGAUCAUUUACGCCCUGCGUGCCUUUGAUUAUGAAAAUCUGAAACAUUUUCAGAUCAGAGUUCAAGUCCGGGAUACUGGAUCUCUCAAACAAAGCAGCACCGCAUUUAUAAAUGUUGUUAUCUUGGAUCAAAACGACAAUGCUCCUGUUAUUGUUUCAACUUUAACGUGGAACUGUUCAGCAUCAGCAGAAAUUCUACCACAGUCAGUAUAUCCGGGUUAUUUGGUCACCAAAUUAAUCGCUACUGAUACCGAUUCUAGUCAGAAUUCGCGGUUUUCCUAUCACCUGUUGGGGUUCAAUUAUCCAAACCAUUUUACCGUGGGGCUUCGCUCUGGGGAAAUCAGGACAACGCACCAUUUAAGUGAGGAAGAAAUCAGCGCAACAAAUCUGAUAGUCAUCGUGAAGGAUUAUGGAAAGCCGAGCCUGUCUACGACCGUUACAAUCUCGUUUAACAUUUUAUCGAAUCUUACAGAAGAUUCUACACAAAGAACUGACGGUCAUGGACAGUCGAAAAAAUAUUUUUUCAAACUUAAUCGUUAUUUAAUUAUUAUAUUAGGAUCAACUUCCCUUUUGCUUUUUGUAACCAUAAUUCUUCUGGUCAUUCUGAAGUUCAAUCAAGACACAAGUAUUGCUGAAGACCAUGGUUGUACAAUUUGUUGUUACUCAAAUCAAAGUUUGAAUGAUACCUUUAAUCAUAGGCCAGCACCAAACGAAUCAUUUAAUUACACCCAGUCUCCUCAAACUGAAAUUUAUCGCUACACUAUAAAUUUAUCUCCAGAGUCAUCAAAAAGUAAUUUACUCUUCUUAAAGCCCUGUAAUCCUACUUUGCGUUUCAAUGACUUGGACACCCGGGACACAAGCACCAGAAAAUAA